AUGGACUUCUUCACUCCAGGGCUUGUGGGCUCGUCUCGGUCCAGCAAGAUCCUCAAUGAGAUCAACAACAAUAAUCGCAUCUCCUUGAAAAUCAAGCAGAAGUUCACGGAAACUAAUGAGCUUACUGCACACUUUCUUUCCAGUCAAUUGAGCGAGUUCUCAGUGGAAUUACAGCAGUCUUUACAAGAUAAAGGUGACUUACUUAUUCUCCAGGAAUCUUUCCAGGAGUUGUACUAUCUGUUAAAUAUUGAAAACUUCAAGUUCAAUCGAGUUUCUAGUCUAAGUUUGAAACCGCUAACCUCGAUAUACGCCCCAGUUAAAGACAUUGAUAUAGAUUCGACUGUGGAGACAAAGUUGAACAGUAUCAACCUGUCAACCAAUCAAUUGCUCAAUUAUUACUAUAUCUAUCUCAUUACACUUAAUCUUUCCAAUUCGUUGAUCUACAAGACUCUUGAACUUAAGAGCCAGAACGUUUAUUGGGAGGAUUUGUACAAUUCCCGAUUCAGCAAAUUUGUCUAUUUUGUCCAAAUCUCCCCAAUAAAGCUAUAUGAGUUUGGAAAGACUGUAUACCAUCAUAUUUUGGAUAAAUUCUAUCUCAAUGUGACAUAUCAGUCAAUUCGCAAAGCUCUCAAGGCAAUCUUCAUAAACACUAAUCCUACCAUAUCACUAGUAAACAUAUCUGCUCGUACUACUUAUACUUGGUACAAGUCUGCUAUAAGGUUCAUCUGGAAGACGCCAAUGAACUUAAUAAACCUGGAAAUCAAUGGCAAAAUUGGCCAGAUCAACCAGGAAAUUGAGUCCAACACAGCUAUGAUCGACACUUUAAUCAAGCUAGACUUGAACGAUAAGGAAAGCAUUUUCUCGAGCUUAGAAACAAUUCUUUCUGUCAAGAGUUCUGAAAAAGAGAAUGCCCGAAUCUUCAAUAUUUUGAAUGGUGUUGUGGAAUUCGACUCAAAGUACAAUAGUAGUAUCCGUAAACCUUCUUUCUUGACUCGCUAUUGGCUUCUUUUAAUGAUUGUUGUAUUGUAUGGCCCUUCACAGUCUCUCAACAUCUACAAUAAUAGAUACGAAAUCGUGCAAUGGGUCAAACACAACUUGGUAGACACUACAAUAGGCUUUUUCAAGAACUGGUUGAUAAAGCCAAUCACUGAUAUGUUGAACAUCCUCCGAAAUGAUGAUGAUCUCACAAUUACCUCUAAGGAAUCUCUUAGGUCAGAUCUCGAUUCGCUUGAACGAAUGGUGUUACAAUUCCUUGAUGAUGAGAAGAUAACUGAUGUUAACAAGUCUCAAGUUCAUGAAUUGAUUCAAAAUGGUGAUUUAACCAUGUUGAUGAACAAGUAUGAAACAGAAAUUCGUAGUCCCGUCAAGUCUCUAGUAAGAGGUUCUUUGAUAAGAUCGAUUCUUAUUCAAAUCCAAAAGACCAAGGUUGAUGGAGGAAUAGCCAUAAAUGGUAUCGACAAGUUGUUGAAGUCGCAACAGUUGGUUUUUGGCAUCGUAUCUGUCAGCCCUUCACUAAUAAUAUUAUAUCAGUUCUGGAACUACUUGACAACUGCGUCGCCAGUAAUUGUCAAUGGAAAGCAAGUAAAUAUCGUUUGUUUGAAGUCGUUAAACAAUAUAGAGAACUUGUUGGUUCUUCUCAAUGAAAAUAAAGACAGUGUCACAAUUGAGAAUAACUACGAAGGAGAGUUGUUAAUCGAAAUCAUCAACUUGAUCGUUAGUGCUAGUCUCAUCAUUCCUAAACAACUUGAAAAGGAUUGGAUAAGGGACUUGAACGAGUUGAAUAACAGCAACUUUGACGAGAAAACGAAACUCGAACUCAUCAGAAAGAUAUGGAACAUGUAUGGCCACUAUUUUAGAUAG